AUGAACAGACUGGUAAAGAGACCAAAGCCUCAAAUUCUAAAUGUUGAUUUGCACGAGUUUCCAAUAAAGACUUACCAGCGCCCCACAGUAGAAGACUUGCGUCAGGCAGAAAUAGAAAUCAUAAGGCAAGUACAAAGUACUAGUUUUGAAAGGGAAGUCAAAUGUCUCCUUAGUCAAAUGUCUACAAAACAGUCUGCUAUCGGCAGGGAUUCGUGUCUUUAUCGACUAAGUCCAGUUAUUGAUGAAAAUGGACUCAUUCGUGUCGGAGGGCGUUUGAACAAUGCUUCAUUAAACUAUGGUUCUAUACACCCCAUCGUCUUACCUCGGAAAUGUCAUGUGACAAAACUGUCUUGUCGCAAACUUCGAGGUUCUGUACAAGACCAAAGGUCAAUGUCAGACUUACCAUUUGAUAGAGUUGAUGCCUGCACACCACCAUUUACAUAUAGUGGUGUAGAUUUCUUUGGCCCUUUCCAUGUUAAGGAAGGUAGGAAAGAUUUGAAGCGAUACGGUGUAUUGUUUACGUGCCUUACCUGUCGUGCUAUUCACAUUGAAAUAGCAAACACACUAGAUACUCAUUCUUUCAUAAAUGCGCUUCGCCGCUUUCUGUCUGUAAGGGGCCCAAUCCGCCAGUUAAGGUCUGAUAGAGGUACUAAUUUUGUAGGCGCUGAACGAGAACUCCGCGAAGCGGUCUCAGAAAUGAAUAAUGAUAAAAUUACCAAUUUCUUACUUAAAGAGGGUUGUGAUACCUUUUUGUUCAAAUUUAAUGUACCUUCAGCAAGCCAUAUGGGCGGUGUCUGGGAGAGACAGAUACGCACUGUCAGGAAUAUACUCUCAGGUCUUUUACAUAAUUUCGGAGGUCAGCUUGAUGAUGAAGCUUUACGUACCUUUGCGUGUGAGGUAACAGCAAUUGUAAAUAGUAGACCCUUGUCGGUCGAGAAUUUAAAUGAUCCUUUGUCUGCGGAACCGCUUACCCCUAAUCACUUACUUACCAUGAAGACACAGGGUCCUCCUCCCUCCUCCAGGGAAUUUCAUAAGUACUGA